AGGCCAGCUACAUGGGAGGGCACCAUGCUGGCUAUCACCAGGAUGAUGGGCUGAUGCAUGGGGGUGAGGGUAGUCCUCAAAGGAAAGUAGGGAUAAGGGUAAAGCACAGGGACAGAAUUAUCCUGGGGGUCUGAGUGAGGGUGAAGUUGAACAACUGCACAGGAAAUAACUGAAGGGGGGUUUAGAGCCUUUCAGGUGAAUUCAUUCCCUGGGGCUUCUGAUGAAAAGCAAUGCAAGGCAGGAGGGAGGAACAGCAGCAGGAACAGACUUCAUUCUGGGCUGAAGGGGGGGCAGGGCAUGGGACAUUCACUUGAGGGAACUGGGGUGCAUUUAAGAGGCAAAAAGAGAAAAUUUGUGUAGGGAAAAGGAAAGGAAGUUUCCUCAUGUUUUGUCCUCCACAAGUCAGCUGCGGGAAAGAAAUUACAGGUGGAGCCAGGUGCCAUAACCUGGAUGGCCAGGGAGGAGAGGGCGGUGGAGGCCACGCAAAGGGCCACUCCUGACCAGUCAAACAGAACGCAGCUAGCCAGCCUCAUCUUUCUUGAAGGAGCAGCAAGGGGAGCCAAAAGCUGAUCAACCAGGAUGUCAAGUGGCAACCCUUCCGGUCACAACUGGAGCCAGAAACCAAAAGAAGAGGAAGAAGAGGAUCCCUUUGACCAAAUGAUCUUGCGCACUGGCUGCGCCCCUUUCCACUAUGCAGUGCUGGAGUGCAUGGCUGAGCACCAAGACUGGCGGAAGUGCCAGGAGCAAGUGCAGACCUUCAAGGACUGCAUGAGGGAACAUCAGAAGCAGCGGGCAGAAGAGCUGCAAAAGAGGAUGAAACAGCACCAGGCCACAAGCUGACACGAGUCAAACUGGCAAGACGGGCAGUUCCUAUCCUUUGCUUGGCAGAAAUGCUUGAAUUCUGCCAGGGCAGAGCAAAAUUUGAGUCCUCUGUAAACCGCUGGUGGAUCAAAGGGAUGGGAAUAGCCUGUUCCUACUGGAGAGAGGUUGUUGACUUUGGAAGCCCUUUCACAGAAAUCAUGUCACUAAAUUCUUCUUGUUUUUAACAGAAGAAAUUACUUCUUCUUGCCAAAAAAUAAAGAUGGAAUUUAUAUCCUC